UACGAUUGACUCGCGUUAGCAUCGUGUAAACAAAUAAAAUUACACAAAAAGCGAGAGUGAGAUACGGGAUAGUUAUCGUAACGGCACUAGUUUUACAUUUAUUUUAAAUGUAAUUAUACAUUGUUUUUACUUUAAAGGGAUUCGUGUCGAAGAACAAUGGAGUCGUGUUUAAAUUACAAACCCGAGCGAGUUGGGUCAGUGACGGUUGAAGACCUGAGGAAAGAUCUGUUUGCAGAGUUCUCCAAAUUAUCAAGGGACUCUGUAUCAAUGGAGAAAGAGCAUCUGCAGGUUUAUCUGCGUGUCCGUCCGUUCACUGCUGCGGAGAAAGCAGAAGGCGAAUCGCAGGCGUGCAUCUCAAUUGAGCCACCCGAUACUGUGAUCCUGAAGGCACCAAGAGCAUCUAUGACAGCCAGACAAAGUGAAAGACUCGGGCCACAGCUUGAACAACGGUUUCAGUUCUCACAGGUGUAUGGUCCAGAAACAACUCAGAGACAGAUGUUUGAAGGAACAACAAAGAGUCUUGUGAAAGAAGUCUUGCACGGAGGGAAUUCCUUGAUCUUUACUUAUGGAGUUACUAAUGCUGGGAAGACAUUUACAUUUCUCGGUCCUGAAUCAGAUGGUGGAAUUCUGCCGAGGUCCCUCAAUGUGAUUUUUAACAGCAUAGAUGGCAGAAUUUAUUCUCAAAAUAACAUCAAGCCUCAUCGGUGUGUUGACUUUACAAGACUCACUAAAGAGCAGCAGGAUGAGGAAGCUACAAAUAAGAGAAACCUUCUUCGCCGAUGUAAAGAUAAUGACUCACAGAAAUCCCUCUCCAGUACCUCCAGUUCUUCAUCAUUUGAAUGCUCCACCUCCAGUAACAUGGAUGAGGACAGCUUGUGUUUGGAUGAGACAUCUUGUGUUAAAUUCUCAGUCUGGGUCUCUUUUUGUGAAAUUUACAAUGAAAACAUCCAUGACCUGCUUGAUCUUGUUUCGAAUGGCUCUCACAAGAGAAAUGUUCUGCGACUAGCCCAGGAUAUUAAAGGAAAUGCUUUUGUCAAAGAUCUGAAAUGGGUUCAAGUGAAUAGUGCUGAAGAGGCAUUCAAAGUAAUGAAAAUAGGAAGGAAAAAUCAAAGUUGCUCAUCCACUAAGCUCAACAACAUCUCUAGCAGAAGCCAUAGUAUAUUUUCCAUCCGAAUUUUGCGGAUUGAAGAUGUGGGUGUUCCUCGAGUUCAGACAAUAAGCGAGUUGUCUUUAUGUGAUUUGGCUGGAUCUGAGCGAUGCGCAAAGACUCAGAACCGAGGAGACAGGUUAAAAGAAGCUGGAAACAUCAACACUUCCUUGUUAACUCUAGGAAAAUGCAUCAAUGCUCUGAGGCUCAAUCAAACUCAGUCAAAGUUUCAUCAGCACAUCCCUUUCAGAGAGAGUAAGCUGACACACUAUUUGCAGGGUUUCUUCUGUGGCCGUGGAAAAGCCUGCAUGAUCAUCAACAUAAACCAGUGUGCCUCGAUGUUCGAUGAAACCCUUAAUGUCCUCAAAUUUUCAGCAGUGGCUCAGAAGGUAGUGGUCCUCAAUCCAAAACCAGCUCCUACCAUCAUUGCUAAGAGAUCUGCAAGGGAUGUGUCCAUGAUGAUCAAUAAUGCUGACCAGAAGAACUGGACUAGGAGAAGUUCACUAAUGGCCUGGGAGAUGAGCUUAGAGGAUGUGCAAGAAGAUGAAAAUGAUGAUGAUGAUGUUGAUGAUGAUGACAUGGGUGAGGAAGAAGUAGAGAGCGAAGAUGAGAGCAUGGAAGAACAAACUGUGCUAGAAGCUGAAGAUAGUCAAGAGCUACAGGAGCUUCAGAUGGAAAUCGAAGAGCUCAAAAAGAAGCUCUCUAAAGAAGAAUCUGAAAAAUUGACCAUGGAAUCUCAAAUUCGUGAGGAGGUCACUGCGGAGUUCAUGGAGCUGUUCUCCAACAUGGAAAAAGAUUACAAUGAACGUCUCCAAAGAGAGAAGGAAAUUGUUGAGGAAAGAGCAGAGAGGAGGCUGGACAUACUCAAGAAUUUGGUCAACAGAAGCAUCAGGGAAAUAACCACCGACAGCUCCGAUGAGAACGCUGCAAAGGUGGCUGAGAUUAGGCAUUUGGACAGCAUGAUCGAGGCAAUGCGAGAUGAUCUGAUUAAGAUAAAGGGAGAUGCAGAGGCAGUGCAGAUGUGUCUGACAAACGUCCCUGACCCACUAGAAACAGUCAAUCAUCUGAGAUCACAGCUGGAGGAUAUGACAGAACAGCUUCACAAAAGCCAACAACAACUUGGUCUUAAAACGAAGGAGUUUGAAGCAAUGUGUGUUCAGACACGGGAAUCAAAUGACCAACUUCUGGAGGCAAAAAUGAAUUAUGAAAACCAGAAAGUGAGAUGUCGGGAACUCAUGUCAAUCUGUCAGGAGAAAGAUGACAUGAUCUCCAAGUUACAGACUGCUUUGGACGAAAAUGUUGAGGCAGCUACUAAAGAUAGAACCUUAAUUACCACUAUCAAAGAAGAAAUCCUUCAUCUCAAAAACAACUGUAAGUGCAUGCCAAAUCAAGAUGGCACUCCUAGAGAGGAGGAAAUAAGAGCCCAGGAAAUUCAACACCUCAUGCAAGAGCUGAAAAUGAAAGAUGACCAGCUGAAUGAACUAAAACUUGAGCAAUGUGCGCUGGAGAAGAAGGUGCAUGAUCUUUCUAAUAGAUUGGCAGAGCGGACGCGUGCAAUCGAAGCCGCUGUUUCCUCGCUGGGAAUGGAGAGAGCUGAGGUCACCAAAGUCACAAAUGAAAACAAGGCCAUCGCCAAUGAGUUGCAUGUGCUUCAGGAAACAGCCAAUGACACGAGUUCAAAGCUCAAAACUACUCAGAUGGAGCUGAACAUUCAGACGAAGGUGGCCAAUGAGCUUUCAGAAGAACUUGAUGCGGCCAAUGCUCUGAUAAAGCAACAUCAGGAAGAGUCUCACAGUCAGUCCAAAACCAUUGAAUCCUUGAUGACAGAGCUAGACCAGUUACGUCUGGAACUCAGUGCUGACCAGUUAUCACGUGAUGAAACCGAGACUCUCCAUCAUAAAUGUGAGAAGAUGGAGGAGUCAUCUAAGGAGAAGAAUAGACAAAUCGCUGACCUUAAGCAAGAGGUCAGCCACACCAAAGUAAAAAUGUGCCAGCUGGAGGAACUUUGCUGUCAGCUUAGACUCGAGCGUGAUGCCCAGGUGCAGGAACACAAGAACCUACUGAGCCAUUAUGAAGCCCAGAAGCUCAACAUGGCUGGAAUAAGGGGCAACUCUGAGCUGUUGGAACUGCUAAAGACUUUGAAACAACAACAGGGGAUGCUGCAAAAACCGGAGCAGGGCUCCAGAGAUGAUUGCUGGAAAACUCUGCUAGAACAACUUGUGCGAAUACUCAGCGAACUGAACCACAACGAUGAGGUUUUAAAUAUGGCGAGAGCGAUUGUAGAGCAGGACCUUUCUGAAGCCAGAGAGGACACAGAGCAGAGGAUAAAUGAGAUGCAGAAGAGUCUGGCUCACAAAGACCAAGAACUGGAGAAUAAAACCCAAGAGCUGUUAAAGUCGAGAGAAAUGGUGAAUGAUGGACUCAAUAAAAUAAAGACCAUGAGUUGUGAUUUGCAGCAGCUGGAGAAAGAGCGAUCAGAUAUCAGACGUAAAUUAUGUGACUCUACAGCACAGGUUAAACAAUUACAGGAACAGAUCUCGAGGUUAAGUGAAGAAAACGGAUCGUUUCAGCAGAGGCUAUGUAAAGCAGAGGAGAUGAGGGAUCAGGCUCUGCACAGUUUGAGAUAUAAAGAGCAAAGUAUCGAUCCACUGCAGACUGCACGACCUAUCCAUUUCAAAGAAAGUGUACAGCUUUGCCAAACAACCUGCCAAGAUCUUUCGUCAGAUCAGAAGCUGACUGAGGCGACACAUGUAAAGUUUAAUAAAGAGCGUGCACAGAUAGAUCAAGAUGAAAUGCUGGAGGCUGGAAUGGACGGGGCUGAAUCUAAAACUGAAGAUCGUGUAAACUCACAGGAGAUCCGUUGUUUUGGAAGCGCUGGUGAACCCCAGCAGCAAAGCACAAAGCAGUCUAAUGAGCCUUCAGAUGAUAACCAGGAAAGGUUGCGGGAAAAGGAUAGUGACAGAGCUGCAGGGGAAGAGAAAAUGUUACAGCAGCAGCCUGCUGAGAGUCCAGAUGUCAUUUCAAAACUACAAAAUCAGAAGGAUGAUUUGACUACUUCUCUUAAAUCUGAAACCCAGGAAGAUAACCGUUCCAAACAGCCUUCAGAUGUGAAGAAAACAAAUGAAGGCGACUCUUACUGUGCAACACAAGAGGUGGCCCUACUGGACGCUUCUGUUCUCUCCACAAAGAGCCUAAGAGACAAACGCUUCCCUAAACCUGAGCUGGAAAUCAGUUUCACCCCACUUAAACCUGAUCGAAUAAAUGUCAGAAAACCUGGAGAAGAAGAAUCCGUCACAAUUAAACUCAGACGUACAGCCAGAAAGAGAAAGAGCCCAGAAAUGGAGAAGGCGGUGGAGUCGGAAAAUCGUAAAAACAGACGGCUCAGGGUGAACAAGGAGAACAUACAGUCUGUUGAGACUCCAAAAGUGCAGAGAAAAAUAGCGAGUCAAGAUUCUCCAGCAAGCCUUAAAGGGAGAAAAGACGGAGCCCUGCAGAAGAUCGGUGACUUUAUUCAGAGUUCUCCGACUCUCUUUGGAAGCAAAGCCAAAAAGAUCAUGAGCAUGGUUAAAUCCCCAGAGCCACUAAAAACAACUGAAAACAACAAACCUAAGAGAUCCAAACGAAAGCUCUUCAAGACCCAUGUUUCCUCCCCGUUUGACAUUCCCUCACAUCCUAUUGGAGGCUGUGAAGAUGACAAAGAAAGCGAUCAUUUGAUUAUCAAGAGAAAACUGAGAACGAGGACUGCAAAAAUAUGAUUGAAUAUCUAUUUGUAAAUAUUUGUAAAUAUGUUUGUUCAUAACAGCUUUUGUAACUUUGACACAUUUUGACUCAAACACAAACU